CUGAGCACAGCAGGGAUUCUAGAGUUCUGGAAGUAAUGCAGGAGGGAAAGGAAGAGGAAAGACAGCCUGAGAGGGAGGAAGUGAGUGAUGCAAAGUGCAAGAAUGUGAAGCAACCAAGAUGGACGUGCCUUUCGCAGGGCAGGCACUGGCCCUGCAUUUACAUCAGGUUUUUCAUGCAUAUGCCAGCACUGCCUUGGGGACCAAAGAGGAGCAGCAGCCUGCCUAAGCCUCUUCCUUAGGCCUCGCCCACGUUUCUGCACAAGUCCCCCGGCCGCAGCCUGCGGCAGGAAGGCUCCAGCGCCCGUAGGUGGCGCCCCACGUCCGUGCUUGCGCUCCUCGCUGGCGCAGAGGGUGCCGCUCACUCUGAAACCCGGUGACUCUCCCCAGGUCGUUAGAGCUCAGAGCCGGCGUUUUAAUAAAUAAGCUUGGUGCCAAAGCGCUCCGAGCACCCCAAGGUUCAGAGGAGCAGACUCGUAAACCCAGGCGGGGUGCGCUUUUUCAUUCUUGCAAAACCUGACAAUUCUAAAACUGGAGAUACUGGAGCCUCAGCCUUUAAACCAUUAAAUCCCCAAGCUUUCUCGUUUCAUACGUUUGUUUCUUUUUCUUUAACUUUUUUUCUUCCUUUAAUUAUGAAAGUUGUCACGCUAUUCAAGAGUAAGACUUGGAAAGAAUUUGGAAAAGAAAAGAAAGAAUCAAAAAGAAGAGACACGGCUGGUGCUUUUGAGGGUGCCUAAUUUUCAAAAGGAUUUCGCACUGGGUGUUUGGGUCCGCUGGCGUCUUCCUCCUGAGAAGCUUCCUGGCCUUGACCAUCAGAGAGGGGUACCAAGCCCAGAGGAGGCUACUGCCGCCCCACGCGUUCUUGCGCGCCCUGUGGCGCUCGUCCCGCCCCGUCUGCGCCCGCCCCCAGCUCAGCCGCCCCCCAGCCCAGAUGCCGACGCCGGGCAGGGGCGCCAGCUGGCGGCAGCUGACCAUGCCCCGGCGCCGGGGGGCGCUGCGGGAGCCGGCUGACUGUGGCUCCUGCCUGGGGGCGGCCCUGGCCUUGCUGCUGCUACUGCUGCCCGCCUGCUAUCCCGUGCGGGCGCAGAAUGACACGGAGCCCAUCGUGCUGGAGGGCAAGUGCCUGGUGGUGUGUGAUUCAAGCCCCUCGGCGGACGGCGCGGUCACUUCCUCCCUGGGCAUCUCUGUGCGCUCUGGCAGCGCCAAGGUGGCCUUCUCCGCCACACGCAGCACCAACCACGAGCCUUCGGAGAUGAGCAACCGCACCAUGACGAUCUACUUCGACCAGGUAUUAGUAAAUAUUGGCAACCAUUUUGAUCUUGCCUCCAGUAUAUUUGUAGCACCACGAAAAGGAAUCUAUAGCUUCAGCUUCCACGUGGUCAAAGUGUAUAACAGACAAACCAUCCAGGUCAGUUUAAUGCAAAAUGGCUACCCAGUGAUCUCAGCAUUUGCGGGAGACCAGGAUGUUACCAGAGAAGCAGCCAGCAAUGGUGUCCUGCUGCUCAUGGAAAGGGAAGACAAAGUGCACCUCAAACUGGAGAGGGGCAACCUCAUGGGGGGCUGGAAAUACUCCACAUUCUCGGGCUUCUUGGUUUUUCCUUUAUAGACACAGAACCCCCUGGAUGUUGGGGAUGUUGCGAUCUGGAUGCAGGAAUCCACCCUUCAUAAUACCCUGAACUUUCCAGAAUAGAACAACCUGGUUCCAACUUCCAUCAGACUGUUGCAUUAGAAGAAUGAUUUCCUUCUAAAUUUCCGGUAUUUUCUUUGAAUAUUGACAAUUCCUCGGGAACUUGGCCUCUUACUAGUUUUAGACAACAAGGUCUUAAGGAGAAAUGAAAUUAUCGAUUUGAGCAAUUUGUACCUGUGAUUGUAAAGUCAAUAUUGGAUUUUAUUGUUGGGACCAUCAACUUAUCUUUUUUGUUUGUGCGCUGUGUCAUUAUCCCAAGGCAAGCAUGCCCAAGGCCCCAGGAGGGACGCCGGGCUGCAAUCAGGGCUCACAGCGAGACCCAAGCAAAGACCACCUGCUGGGAAGUCCCUGACAUGUGUUCUGUGUCUGUAUAGCCUUAAGAAAAAGAGUGGCUUCACUUUCAUUCUGUGUUUUUCCUCUGGGUAAAUGGGAGGACUUGGGAGGGGGAUAAGGCCGUUGUGAACCUGUCAAGAAGUGCUUUAUCCCGAGAAGCAAAUUUUGCACGUUUGGACUGCAACUUUUGUUUUAUAUUUUUUUGUGUGUUUUUUUUCCCCUCCAGAAAUUUACUUUAUUUUUCAUACUAGGCUGUUUCCCCACAGCCCCACUUUUAGUUUUCAUGCCAGGGUACUGGAGAGAAAGAUGUGUGUUGAAUUCAUGGAUGAGAUUAAACAGAACAACAUCUGUGUACUUUGCUUUGGAUGAGACCAAACCAAGCAAAAAGUAUUUGUCAAAGUAACAAUAGCAAAUGGGUAUUUCUGUUUACUCAUUUCAAGAGUCUUGGAUGCCCCUUUAGAACUUGCAACCUGGACUUUAUUUAUUUAUUUAACACUCUGGAAUCCCUUAAGAACCUGGCAUUCUUGGGUUAUAUAGGAGAUGAAGCUGAGUUGGGAAAAUUCCCUACACAAUUUUUCCACCAUGCAUUUUGCUUUAUUUGGCUCCACCUCUAAGUGAGCAGCACACAGUGAUCAAGAGUGUAAAAGAAAACAGGACCAGAGGCUCAUCCCUGGGUCUCCUUUUGAUCUACCAUAGAAAGGGAAGAGUUGAUACUCCCAGGGAGCACCUGGCAAGAAGCCACCUGGAAGUCACAGUGGUUAAAGGUAUUGGCUGAGGUGCCCAGGAAGGGUUUUACAAAUUUGUAUUAUUUUGGCACCUUGUAUAACAGUGUUAUUAAUACUCGGCUGAGAGUUGGUUGGUGUAGGUUUCCUAUGCCAAGGACAUGUCACCAAUCACAAAGCAAUCGAAGAGGAGACCUCAAACCGGAUGUUAAUUUGUCCUUUGUGUAAUAAUGUAACCAAAAUAUUGAUGAUAAAAACUAAUAAUUUAAGAUACAGAAUAAAAUGGGUUUGAUGUCUGA